UUCGUCGAGUAGAGGUUUUGGGGCGUGGAAAGCCAAGGAUCUGAGCACUAUCUUAAUCAUUGGACUACGCAAAUUAUGGUUGGAGCUGAACUCAAGAGUCUUUGAAAAGCAAAAGCAACGGCGGUGGAGAGACUAAGAGCUAAACUUUGGAGGAUGGCCAAGAGCAAAGAAGCAGGGAGUAGCGAGGAGUAGGCUUAGAGUUUGGCGGCGUUCGCUCGAGUGUAUGUAAAAUGUCGGUGUCUUGUGGUGGGGCAUGAGCCUGUUCUCUUGCCCCACUGUGCCCUUGUAAAUGUCGUCUCUCUUCCCCUUAAUGAUAAUGACGAGAAACGUUGCGUCCCUUGUUCCUGAAAAGAGUACUGCAUAUCCAAUUCUCAACUAUUAUCUAAGACCGAGUGCUUGCACUGUCGUCGCAUUCCCUACCGGGUUAUAGACCAGCACGUAUGCCACCUCGGCACCUCCAGUGUCCAAUAUGACAGUUUCGCCGCAGAUCUCAACCUGGAUCGCCGACUCGCUUAGGCAGGUGUUGGUAGCUAGUAUGCCUCCCUCCUAUCAUCUUGUAUGUAUCUACCUCUACCUGUGAUGGCUUCCACCGGAGCGAUGAGCGUUUCUCUUAAACCCUGAUGCUCACCAAUGCUCGCUGCAUCCUAGGCAUUUUGUAUAUUCUUUUCGUUGCCAGCGAACAUUGAUGCUCACUGCAUCCUAGCUAGACACCAUAUAUCUGCCAAUUCCUCUUAAUUUAAUGGAAAAAAAAAUGGAUAACACCUACUCCCUCCGUUCCGAAUUACUUGUGGCAGGUAUGGAUGUAUCUAGAUAUAUUUUAGUUCUAGAUACAUCUAUUUCUGUGACUGUGACGAGUAAUUUAGAACGAAGGGAGUAUUAUAUAUACUCCAGCGGUUUGAUUACUGAACCAAAAGACAAAAAGCUGUAACCAUGCGUAAACUACUCCACGCACUUAGCAGCAUGUGCAAGGCACUUCACAUGACUCCACGCACUUUCCGGCACCAAACACGUUAUGUCUGCCAAAGUUUGCACUGAGGCGGCACAUUAGCCGAAACUACACACGUACGCCUUGGUAACUACUCCCUCCUCCCAUAAUGUUUUUUGACAUUAGUGUAGUGUCAAAAAAUGUCUUACAUUAUGGAACGAAGGGAGUAAAUUAAUACCCAUACUAAUACUAACUCAAGUGCAUAUAGAGCUGCCUUAGCACACCAAGCAUACAGCUGUUAAGUAUCGAUCCAAACAAAAAAUAUAUAUACAAGUCAUAGAGAUGCGUACAACUCUUCAGUAAAAAAUGAACACACACACAAGGACUGAGCAUAGAGUUGCUGUCUUGAUGCAAUUACCAAGGUCCGAUCCAGCAGACCAGCACCCAAACUUCAGCAAGCAAGAUCCCAUCACGAACCUCGCCGUCGUCUGCCCUACCAUUCUUCCUCCCAGCACCUUCAACCCAACACGUACGUGUUGAGAGGCGGCGGCCAUGGCUGCGCUUGGCGGCAUGCUUGCCGCUGCCAUCCUCAAGGUGGUGGGCGACCAGGUUGGUUCUCUGAUCGGGGGUCAGAUCGCGCUGCAGAUGAACUUGAACAACGACCUGAAGAAGAUGAAGAUGGCGCUGGAGAGUGUCGAUGCCGUGCUCGAGGACGCCGAGAGGCGGUCCAUCACGGAUAAAUCGACGCGUCUUUGGCUGAAGCGGCUCAAGGACUUCAUGUAUGUCAUCUCGGACAUGAUUGAUGAGUUCGAAGCAGACACACAAGCCAUCACCCAGCCAUCUGCGCGCAAGUUCUCCUUCAAAAAAUAUUUGGCGUUCAUGAUCCCUUGUCUCACAAUUGGCCCCAACAUUACAAUGGCCAAUAGGAUGAAGAACAUGAGGGACGACCUGAAGGUCAUAACAGAUCAACACAAGGAAUUCAAGUUAACAGACUGCACUAAUGCCAAUGAGCCAAAGGUGACUGAUAUACGGGAAACAUCAUCAACCCUGGAGACACAAAUCGUUGGGAGGACUGAGGAGAGAGAUAUAAUAUUGGCUUCUUUAUCUGAGAGCAUGACAGAAGAUAUCACAAUCCUUCCUAUAUAUGGCAUUGGAGGCCUUGGCAAGACAACCUUGGCAAAAAUGGUUUACAAUAGUUCCCAGUUCAAUGAAUACUCUCAAGUGUGGGUUUACGUGUCUCAGACAUUUGAUGUGAUCAAAAUUGGAAACUCUAUAAUAUCACAACUAUCAGAGAAAGAUAAAGAGAGUGCGUACACUGGAAAGCAGAUGAUCCAUAAUUCCCUUGAAAAGCUCCUCGCCAACAAGAAGAUUCUGAUUGUUUUAGAUGACCUGUGGGAAGACAACAUGUCUAAUUUGGAAGAACUGAAAGAUAUGUUAAAAAUUGGGAAGAGCAGUAACGUGGUUGUUAUAGCAACCACACGAAGUGAAGGCAUUGCAAAGGAAAUCUCCACCAUCCAACCAUACAAAUUAGCACCAUUGACUGAUGACAUGUGCUGGUCUAUAAUAAAGCAAAAGAGUGCAUUUGAAUCUAGAGGUGAUAAGGAACAAUUGGAGGAAAUAGGGAAAGUCAUUGCAAUGAAGUGUGCGGGUGUGGCUUUAGCAGCUAAAUCACUUGGACACACGCUGAAAUCUAUGAAGCCUGGUCAUUGGGAAUCAGUGAGAGAUAGUAAUAUCUGGACUGCAUCUUCUUUGGAAGAUACAUCUUCUACACAAGUGCUUGCAUCUCUGAAGUUAAGCUAUAGUGUUAUGCCUUCGUAUCUGAAGCUAUGCUUUGCCUAUUGUGCAAUAUUUCCAAAAGGUCACAAGAUACUUAUAGAUGAUCUUAUUCAUCAAUGGGUUUCUCUUGGUUUCUCUACUCGGGAGCUUGGCGAGAGAUACAUUAGUCAGCUUUUGGGCCUUUCUUUUCUUGACCAUUUCAAGUCAUCAUCGACUUUUGAGCUAUAUGAUGAAGAUGUUAUAUUGUUGACCAUGCAUGACCUGGUGCAUGAUUUAGCAAGAUCUGUCAUGGAGGAUGAAAUUAUUUUUGUUGGCAAUAUUAAUAAUGCUGAAGGAAGCCGCUACCACUAUGCAUUGCUAGAUGAUUGUAGCAAGCCAUUGGGAUCAGACUUGUCCAAGAUAAGAGCGUUGCGUUUUAUGGAUUGUGACAAAUAUGAACUUCAUGAUGCUGCAUUUUCAUCUGCCAAGUCUUUGCGUGUCUUGGACUUAAGUGAGUGCGCCAUAUAUACGUUGGCAGAUUGUAUUGGUGAACUGAAGCAAUUGAGAUAUCUUAAUGCUCCAAGAGUCCAAGAUGCAAAGAUUCCAGACAGUAUCACCAAGCUCUCAAAAUUGAUUUACCUGAACCUUCAUGGAUCUCCUACAAUCUUAGCACUACCAGAGUUAAUUGGAGAAAUUGAGGGUCUAAUGUAUCUUGAUUUGUCAAAUUGUUCCGGAAUUACAAAACUGCCAGAAUCAUUCAGGAGGCUAAAAAAAUUGGCGCAUUUGGAUUUAUCAAAUUGCUCGUCUAUUGAAGGAAUAUCGGUGCUUUUGGAGAGUCUCACACAACUAGAGUAUUUGAACUUAUCAUACUGCACAAAUAUUGGAGACACACCAGAAGUUCUGUGCGGCCUAUCCAAACUGCAGUAUUUAAACUUAUCAAACAGCGCAUAUCUUCAAUGUGGUGAAGAAGCAGAAUUUUUGGGUGCCCUCACAAAAAUCGAGUAUUUGAACUUAUCUUCAAGGGAAUGUGGACUCAAAAAGCUCCCUGAAUCUUUGGGCGGAUUCAGUCAACUCAAGUACUUAAACUUAUCUGGUUGGCGAUAUAUGAAAAAAUUGCCAAGAUUAUUUGGGAGUCUGAAGAAUCUGCUCCAUCUUGACUUAUCACGUUGUUUGAUGAUUGAUGGUGUAAAUGAAGCUUUGGUCGGUCUUACCAGUCUUCAACAUUUGAAUUUACAACAUACACAGCUAAGUUUGCUGCCAGAUGAUCUGACCAACCUCCGGUAUUUAAAUCUAUCUAGACUAGGAACAAUUCCGGUAGAUUACUUGUAUGAUCAUGAAUUCAGUUUUCACUCUGAAGAAACCUGGGACAUUCUCAUCAACCAGAUAUGCAGAAUUAAUCUUUCAGAGCUAGAGCAUUUGGACUUGUCUGGAAAUUGUAAUAUGCAAAAAAUACCUGAAAGUAUCUGUAGCCUGACAAAACUGCACACAUUGGACCUCUCGGAAUGCAUAAAUUUGCAGAAAAUACCUGAAAGUAUAUGUACAGUUGGUAGCGUGAAGUUUCUUUAUUUUGAGAAUUGUUACAGUCUUUCUGAAAUACCUCAACUCGGUAGCAGUGCAACAUCGUUACCACACUUUGUGGUUCGUGCUGGUAGUGAUGGAUCUAGCAGCAAUCUUGUCCUGCUAAAGUCCACAGCUCCUUCUGAGCUGGAGAUAACUAAACUGGAAAAUGUGAAGUCCGCAGGAGAGGCACAUAGUAUAAAAUUAAUGGAAAAGCAAAGCAUUUGGAAGUUGAAACUGAAGUGGACUCAAGGUGUUGACAGAUUUGUGGAUGACAAAAUGUUGCUGGAAAAACUAGUGCCACCAAGCACAUUGAGUACAUUGGAGAUAAGUGGUUAUAACAGUGUCAUCUUUCCAGGCUGGGUAGUGGGCCAACUACCAAACCUGGACUCACUGGUUCUCAGAGAUAUGCCAAAUCUGGAAGAGUGGGACGCUUCAUACUCCACCGGUGAGGAAAAAGUGUUAACAAGAGUAGAAAUAGAUGGUUGCCCAAUGCUAAGGAUGAAAGGGCCUCUGCCUAAAUCCAAAGAUUGGGGGAUAAUAUGCAGUGAUAAUGUGUUAUCAUCAUGGGAUGAGUGCAUUGUGUCACACACCAGUGCUUACUCCUCUUCUCCAGUAACUACUUCGAUAUCAGUUAGAGACUGCAAGGGGCCUCACCAAUGGAGGUGGCUUCAACACUUCCCUGGAGUCACUUAUUUGUCUAUUGACGAUUGUGGUGAUCUAACCGGCUCACCAGAGAUCACCCAGCAUCUAUCCUCUUUGGAGACACUACGCCUAAAAGACGAAGACAUGGAAGAACUGCCGAAAUGGUUGGGCGAGCUCCCAUCUCUGAAGAAUCUAAAAAUAAGAGGUAGCAAUGGUAUAAAGGAGUUGAAUGAGAACAUGAGGAAACUCACAAAGCUUGAAUCACUAACACUGAGUUUCUGCAAUAGCAUAUCCGUACUGCCACAUUGGCUAGGCGAAUUGACCUCUCUCAAGAGAAUUUACCUAUAUAGCAAUGGAGGCUUGAGGUCUUUGCCGGCAAGCAUCCAACAACUCACCAACCUCCGGAAAAUACUACUUAGUAGCUGCCAUGCAUUAGAGCACGUGGUUGCUGAAUCAGAGGAGGGAAAGAUGAAGCUCACUCACAACCAAGAAAGGGAAUCUGUGCUGCCCACCUCUCUAAAGAGUCUUUAUCUGAGUGGAUGUGAUGGUAUCAAGUCUUUUCCAGAGGGAAUACAUCAACUUACUAACCUACAGUACCUAACAAUAAAGGGGUGCCCUGGACUAGAGCAAUGGUGUGAAUUAGAGGAGACGAAGACCUUUCUGGCUCGCAUAGAAAAUAAGACGAUUGAGUUCUAGACAGUGCAUGCAUAUACUGCACAACCAGGUUGCAACAUGAAUCAACCUGCAAGAUUUUGUUGUGGGUGAUUCUAAUUGUUGGAGUUGAAGAAGGACCUGAAAUUACAAGCCAUGGUGACGUGAAACUCGUUUGCAAGACCGGCAGCAUGUGAGUUUGAAGCUGCAGGCCCAGGCCAUCGACUGUACUAGUGUUUUGUUCUACGGGGUCUCCAAACUCAAUGUAGUCCUCUCCUCUCCCCCACCAUUUCUACUUUGUGCUUAGUUUGCAGGUAUAUGUUCCCUGCUCCUUUCACCGCCUCUCUGUUUUUGUAUGUUUGACCAAACGGAAGAUUGCAGUACUUGUAACGCCUGUGAUUUCCAUUUAUUCGGUCCCGGUGAGUAUGGUGGGUACUCGCUUGUGUUGAGCAUGCCUAACACUUGUAA